AUGAAGAUAGUUUCCCGCCACGUCAACAAACGCGCAACCUCAAACCGUGUUUUCGACAAGCCACUAUUUUCGUAUGCCGUCGAACGACUCUUCAAUCAAAACUCUCCUGAAACUUACGAGUGUUUGAAGAAAGUCUUUAGAGCAGCUUCGACCAUCGCGACUACCUAUGAGCCGAUUCUUUCUCGGUUUUCGGCAGGGACUGAAAAACUCUUUCUGAAGCGUCGAGAACUCCAGUCGCAGACUCAUACACCUUCUGGUCGGAUCGAGUUUUGCAGGACGAACAAGGCCCUUCGGGUUUCGAUCAAGAACGACAUCGAGAUGAACCUACAUAAUAAGAUCGAUAAAGCAAUCAAGAAACAUCGGAGUGUUCGAAAAGCAUUCAAUCGCUUUGACCCAACUCCAGCGGGUUGAUGGAACGAUCGCCGCUUCAAAAGAAGGUGUUGCAAAGACGGUCCAAGCAUUCUACAACUCUUUGUAUGCUUCACAACAAAGCUCUCCGGCAAUCAUCGGCCCAUCCCAAGAUGACCUUCCGUCUUUUUUGCCGAGCGAGAUUCGUACUGCUUUGCGCAAAGCAAAACGAGGGAAAGCCCCUGGACCUGACUUCAUAACUUUGGAGAUGCUCCUAGCUGCCGAAGAAAAUGCAGUCCCACUUCUUGCGAGUAUCUACAACGAAUGUCUCCAAAACGAGAGAACUCCGACUUCGAUGUCAGACUCAAUGGUCAGCCUACUUCACAAGAAAGGGAGCUGCCUUGAAAUUGGAAACUGUAGCCUUGAUGUCGACCAUCCACAAACUCUUCCCCUCCAUCCUAAGAAGACGGGCAGAACGGUCUCUGGAAUAAGCACAACCUAUCGAACAAACGGGAUUUCGACCUGGAUACUCGACCUCAGAAAACACACUGGUCGUCUCCGAAACGAUCCAGAAGUCACACGAAUACCGCUUCCCAUUAUUUUUUAUGAUCAUCGAUUAUAAGAAGGCGUUCGAUAGCGUGGAAUUCGGAUCUCUUUGGACGGCUCUAAGCGAAUUUGGCGUUCAUUCGAAAAUUGUUAACACGCUCAAGAACAUCUACGACGAAGCGAAGUGUCUGUCCGAUUCCGCGGGCACGACGUCCCAGUACAAAUUGGAAGAGGCGUGCGACAAGGCGACACUAUUUCGCCCAACCUUUUCAACGCUACUCUUAAGCAUGUAUUUCGAAGACUUGACUGGAGUGAACAUGGGAUAUUCGUCAACAGAAUGCCUCUCACACACCUCCGGUUUGCUGACGACAUCGUUUUGUUCGCUUCAAGUUCGAAGAAAUCAGAAGAAAUGGCAAACCAACUAGCCACUGAGAGCAAGAAAUCCGUCUUGAUCAUCAAUUUAUCAAAAACGUAUAUCAUGUCAAUCCGAGCGAAGAGAAAAGUGGAAGUAGACGGGAAAGAAGUAUCAUAUGUUGGCCAGUUCACAUAUCUCGGAACCCAUCUUCAUUUCGCGGAAGGUUUCAAAACGGAACUACUCCGCAGAGUGCAAUCUGCAUGGGCAGUUUUCCACAAGUUUUCUAUAUAUCUGACGAAGAAAACAACACCUUUCAAGAACAAAGUCAAAAUAUACCAAGCUUGUAUAGAACCUGCGCUCUUAUACGGAUCAGAAGUCUACACCCUAAAGAAAACAGAGAUGAACAUGUUAGCGACAGCGCAGAGGAAGAUGAUGAGAAGAAUGCUUGGUAUGACUCUAAUGGAUAGAAGACAAACAGUUGGCUCCACGAAAGGUUGAAGACGCGUGAUGCUCGAAUGGUUGCAACAAGAAGAAAAUGGUUCUUUGCAAAGAAAAUCGUGACGGGAGAAGAAACGUGGGCAAAGAAGAUCGUAGAGUGACGUCCCUGGGAAAAGAAAAGAUAUGUUAGACGACCACGAGCACGUUGGCGAGAUGACUUCCGAAGCGUUUUUGGAGAAAAUUGGUCGACCGUUGCGCGCAACAAUAAGGAGCUCUUCAAAUCUACCAUGA